AUGGGUAUCUGGGUUCUCCCAGUUGUAGGUCAGGCCCGCUUCGACGGAAAACUCGUUGGUUUUGUCGAAAUAUGUGUAUCCACCGCCGGCGUCAAGCGAUGCCUGGCCAAGUCCGAUGUUCACCAAUCGAUCCGGGUCUUACGCGCCGACUGGCAGGUUACCCAUGCUAGUGCCCAACAAGUAGACGUCGCUUGCACCCUUCAAACUGUCGUUCGCUCCACCGGAAAAGCUUCUGCCACGGGGACCGGUCAAUGUCGCAUCCACGCUCGCUUCGGAUUUCCCAACGGCGGCUACCAUCGAGAUUGCAGCUUGAGCCCC